AUGGCCCCCAAGCCAUAUCGCGUUCACGUACACCAGCAUGCCGGUUCUACAGCUCAAGAAAUACAAGACAAACCGGAAUGGAGCAAUGCUCACCAACACCGCAUAGGCUACUGCAACAGGCAUGACCGGAGGCCUGGGCUUACCCAUACGGGCGAUGAGGAAGAGGAAGACUUCGAGGAGCAGGCCGAAGACGAUCGACAGGAGCUCAGAAGGAAAGUCCAGAACGGUGACCUUGUAUACUUCAAAGAUAUCGUAAAGCGGGAAGAGGUACAUCUGUUUGCGUCCGAUAAAGCCAUACUCACAACACAAAAAGUCAUCAACGAGGUCCGUGUAGGAUUUCAUCUUGGACGGCCACGAGAUCAUCCAACAGGAUGGAGUUACGUAAUGCUCUUUCUGCUCUCCGUACUCGAUGAGUGGAAGCAUGACUCUAAAGUUGAGGCGAAUGCAAAACAUAACGACGCAUACGCCACGGACGAGACAGACCAAGAUGGCGAAAAGCCCCAGGCAAACGGCCAUACGAAGGAAUCGAACACGAAAUAUCAGAAGCUGCGCGGGAAGUACUCCCCUCAAGAAAUAGCCUUACUAUGCAGCUUGCAGCACGAAUAG